GUUUUACUAUAUAUCUAACACUUCAUCAUCUCAGCAACUUAUACAUGCAGACAUUGAAAAGAAAAACACAAAAUUUGGAAGAUGGCGGAAGGGAACGAAGUCCAAAUUCCAAGGCUGAAACUGGGCAACGAAGGCCUUGAGGUCUCAAAGUUGGGGUUUGGAUGUAUGUCCCUGACUGAAGCCCAAAAUUCUCCAUUCUCUGUGGAGGAUGGAAUCUCAAUAGUAAAGUAUGCAUUCAAUAAGGGAAUCACUUUCUUUGAUACAUCUGAUGUUUAUGGACCCCAUUCUAAUGAAAUUCUUAUUGGAAAGGCCUUGAAACAGUUGCCAAGAGAGAAAAUUCAAAUAGCCACCAAAUUUGGCGUCCAAAAAUCAGGAUUUCCUCAGACGCAGGUGAAUGGUAGCCCUGAGUAUGUUCGCUCAAGCUGUGAGGCUAGCUUGCAGCGUCUUGAUGUGCAAUAUAUUGAUCUGUAUUAUCAGCAUCGGGUAGACACAAAAGUACCCAUAGAAGAAACUGUUGGUGAACUUAAGAAACUGGUAGAUGAGGGAAAAGUCAAAUAUAUUGGUUUAUCUGAAGCCAGCCCAGACACAAUAAGGAGGGCACAUGCUGUGCAUCCCAUCUCAGCUGUGCAAAUGGAGUGGUCUCUCUGGAGUCGUGAUAUCGAGGAGGAGAUAAUUCCACUUUGCAGGGAGCUUGGCAUUGGUAUAGUUCCAUACAGUCCUCUUGGUCGUGGUUUUUUCGCUGGCAAAGGAGUUGUGGAAAAUUUGAAUGCAAAUAGCCGCCUGGCCAAGCACCCUCGGUUCCAUGGAGAAAAUUUGGAGAAGAACAAGACCAUUUAUACUCGAAUAGAAAGACUUGCUAGAAAGCACCAAUGCACUCCUGCUCAGCUAGCACUUGCAUGGGUUUUCAAACAAGGAGACGACAUUGCACCCAUACCUGGGACAACUAAGAUCAAGAACUUAGAUGACAAUAUUGGCUCUUUGAACGUGAAAUUUACAGAAGAUGACCUGAAGGAGAUAACUGAUGCUGUACCAAUCGAAGAAGUAGCUGGUGGUAGAAGCUAUCAAGGCAAUGAGCAAUUUCUAUGGAAGUUUGCUAACACUCCUCCACAAAACUAAUACUCUAUUUACACUUUCAUGGAUAUUGUCCAUUUCGCUUGAAUAAUGCCAUGUUUUUGUGAAAUGAAUGGCCAGAUUUAUGUUAAAAACUAGCCAUGUCAUUCACACCACAAAAUUAGCAACACUAGUUUGUAAACUUUUUGAGAAUGAUAACCAAUGUGGUUGCUUUAUGUCAUGUUCUGUUAGAUAUUUUGUUCCUCA